CGUGCGCGCACAUUUGUGCGCAGGUUCGAAUCUCCGCCGCUUCGUUGCUCCUCAGCGUCCGGCCGCACCUCGGCGGUGGCGAGGGCAGCGUGCGCGGGCUGGGCCGCACCGGCUGCCCCGCCCCCUCCGCCCUCUGCACCUUCCAGCCGCACCCUCGCCCGGACUCGGUCCUCGCCCUUCCUAGCGCUCUGCACGCUCCGCCCUCGCUCUCCGCCCCCACAGCUAUCGGCGCUCGGCCUCCCGCGCCCGGCGGGCUCCGCCCGAGCCUUCGGGGCCCAUGGCCAAGCGGCGUGCGGCCGAGCCCCUGACGUUCCACGUGCCUUGGAAGCGGCUCCUGCUCUGCGACUUUCCUGAGGAGCCGCCGCGGCCACCGCUCUGGAUCCCGCCGCCGGGGGCCUCGCAUGCCGAGCAGCCCCUCGGCGUCCCGGAGCUGCCCCGAAAGCGUAAAAUCGACGCAGGGGGUAUGACUGAGCCUUUGGUUUCGCCCAGCAAGCGCCGCGACGGAGGGGACACUGGCGCUCCGGACGGCGCGGAGCGUGAGGGCCGCGGCCUGGAGGCCGGCGAGCCGCCGCCGCUGCUGCAGCCGCCCGUGCGGCCCCGCGGGCCAGGGGAGGAGCCCCGGGGCGUUCGGCCCCCGAGGGGCGGUGGCGACGACGGGGCGGAGCGCGCAGAGUCCCUGCGGGGAGACUGGGGGGCCGCACCGCGCCAGCUCGAUGAAGAAUUUUGGCAGUAUAACACCUUCCAGUACUGGAGGAAUCCUUUACCACCUAUUGAUCUGGCAGACAUUGAAGAUGUAAGUGAAGACAACCUGACAGAAACAACACUUCAGGACAAGAAUGAAGUUGUUGAGAUCGAUAUGGAGUCCUGACAGAAGGAGCUGAAGAAAUGGGUUUUUCUGAAUUUGAGGAGACAUCUCUAAGUGAAUUUCUGUAUUCUUAAGGGAAAAAGUUAUUUUCCAUACUUGAUGUGAUAUCAUCCCCAAACCUGAAAAAUGAGGAAAAGUUGUUUUAAAGAUAAAUGCCUGCAGUCACUACUAUACCUCCCGAUAGGGAUUUGUCAAGGAUAUAGUGCAGUUAUAGGAGAAGUAUUUUAUGUAUGCAUUCUUAAGAAAAAUUUAUGUUUAGGUUCUAAAUUUGAAGAUAUCAAUCUUAUAAAAAGGAAUUGUGACAGUUUUAGAAAUAGAUGGGAAACAUUCAGAUAUUCCUCUUGUUGCACCAAAAAGUUAAUUUGUGGUACAUGAAAUGAAUAUUGUUUUAUAAUAACUUAUUAAUAAAAUGCUUUCUAAUACA